AUGGCUAAGACUGCGAUUGCCAAACUGGUCAAAAUAUGGAAGGAUCAUGACAUCAGGAAUGGAACGAAGUUAUAUCUAAUGAAAACACUGAUAUUCCCUAUAAUGACAUAUGGUUCCGAAUCAUGGACCCUAAAUUCAUCGUGUCAACGAAGAAUAGAAGCAUUUGAAAUGAUUGCGUAUAGAAGAAUGUUGCGAAUUCCAUGGACCGACCAUAGAAAGAAUGUAUCCAUAAAACAGGAACUUAAUAUACAAACCCAAGACCACCUCUUGAUCACAAUUCAGAUUCAAAUACUAAAAUUCUUCGGUCACGUGAUAAGAAGAGAUGGUAUUGAAAAGGAUAUUAUCCAAGGCAAAGUCGAAAGAAAGAGGAGCAGAGGCAGGCCCCCCACCCGCUAUAUAGACCAAAUAAAAAAUCUCACACGAAUGUCAAUGUCAGACAACAUCCGGAAUACAGGGAAUAGAGAGUUCUGGAGAAAUAUAUCUAAUCGAAAUAAUAUAAUUGCAUGA